AUGACAGACGAAAGUCUAUUACUAACUGAAAAGGAUCUUAUUGUCAAUGGAAAAUAUGACUUGGCUAUUUUACAAAACCAUUUUUCACAUGGUGGGGUUAUUGAUCCAAACGCAGUGGUGAACCUCAUUAACAAAGUGAUAGUCUUACUAAAUAAAGAACCAAAUUUGAUUCAAAUAGAAUCUGAAUCAUUGAUUUUUGGUGAUAUUCAUGGUAAUUACUUUAACUUUAUUAAUAUUCUUAAUGACCCUCAAUGGGAAAAAUACCCUCACGUUAAAAUCUUUCUUGGAGAUUAUGUUGAUAGAGGCAAAUGGUCAACUGAAACAAUAAUUACUUUAUUAUGUUUAAAGUAUAAUAAUCCUGACAGGUUUGUUCAUUUUUUUUAA